AUGGAGGAGUGCUUACUGCGCCACUUGCCCGCAGCAGGGGGCACCUCGAAGCACAUCUCCCGACCUAACGCUCACAUUCUAGCAAUACCUGGAAUAGACGAUGAGCGGGUUGAGGAAUGGAGUAAAGCUCACAGUGUAUCGCUUGUUCACGACCUUACCGGGAAGGACAACAAGGCCUCGAAUAUACAGAUUACGGUACUUGAACACCAAUUGACAUCGUCAACGUUCAAGCAAUGGAGCCAGUUGGAUGUUCAGGCAGAGCGAUUGCUCGCUAAAGUCGAAGACUUCAUUCACACAUGGGAUCCAGAGCAUCGGCCUCUUCUAUUUCUGUGUCAUAGUCUAGGUGGACUCAUCUUGAAGCGGCUACUUGUACAUGCGCGUCGACGAGAGGAAGGUACUAAACUCUUGUUCGACUCUCUCGCUGGUAUAGUAUUUCUGGGAAGUCCUCAUCUUCGGGAUAGCAACAAGUCAGAAUGGGCCAAAGUACCCGCCAUUCUUGAGCUUCGUAUGCUACCACUACCUGAGGACCUUGCGGAUGUAUCCAAGUUACAACGACUAGCUCAAUGGUCGCGUGAUUUCGAACACCUGAACCUAUCCGUUCCCAUCUUGUCCACGAGAGAAGGAAGGAAGAGCAGGAAAAAGAAGAAGAAAAACAAGUGGUGGAGUAUAGCAUCUGCAGGCGAUGGCACAUACAUUAUGGGUCCAGACUCUGACCUAGCUUGUACUAACCUAACAACUGAGAAUGUUAAGUCUGUCGAUACUGACCAUUACGGGCUAUGCGCACUCAACGAAAGCAACCAGUUCAGAGCUACCCUCAUUGAGUUCUGCCAUGAUUCUCUCCGCCUAGCUCGAGACAGAUUUAAUUCAUCUGGCUCUAUAAUACAAUCUCCUGCACUAGAAGGUGCCGCGAAAGUAGAUACAUUCAAUACACUCGAUGGCGAAUCUACUGGUGCAAGCAUAAUGCAAACAUCUUUGCCAAACUACGCCCAAGCUACAUUCGAUCCUUCGUAUGGCCAGUCACAGGUUCCUAGAGAUGAAACGCUCAUUCAUUUUGAGCUCAAGCUUCCUUGUUACCUACUCGACGAUGCUGUGACCGUGAGGGACUUCUUUGGUCGAGAGGAUGUGCUUGGAGAGAUUGAUGAGCACUUACUUGUCAAAGAGGGACAAGAUGUAAUGCCAGAGCUAAGAACAGUAGCUAUCUCUGGCAUGGGAGGCAUAGGGAAAACCUCGAUCGCCUACAAAUUCGUCAAAAGUCGACAGAAUAAGUUCGAUGCCAUCUUUUGGCUGAAUGCUGACACCGCAGGGAAGCUAGCCAGUAGCUUUGGCGAAAUGGCAUUGGGGUUAGGUUUGCAAAAACCAGAAGAGGACAGAGAUUGGGUGAUGAGCAAGAAUCUGGUGCUCCAAUGGCUCGAGAAUCCUGUCAAGACAUACGGGUACCAAACUAUAGCGACAUUACCUAAAGCUCGGUGGCUACUGGUGCUCGACAAUGUUGAUGAUUUCGGGGUUAUGGAAGGAUUCUGGCCUCCAAGAGGGACAGGAUCUAUACUGAUGACAAGCAGAGCGCCGCAUGUUGGGAAACUCACCUCUUAUUCCGAUGCAGAUCAUGAAACAUCGACCUACAGAAUCGCGCUAGAGCCAUUUACUGAAGAAGAAGGACAGACGUUUCUACAUAAGCUGACGAAUCGUAAACGGACACAUGACAGCGAGAAAGCAGCGCGGAAACUCGCUCGCCGCAUUCAAGGUUAUCCCCUGUUCCUCACACAGUUUGCUGGUAUGAUGAGCGACGGAUUAUUCAGCUUCAACGAUCUGCUGAAAAUGUACAAUGAGGAACUUCAUCAUCACAAACUACACGGAGAAAGACAGGAGAUACGCAACAGCAAGUAUCCACAUACCACAGCUACAGUAUGGAUGCUUGACAAGCUUGAUGCAGCUCCUCGUAUGGUUAUGAAUGUCUUGUCGUUUCUUGACCCCGAUCACAUUCAAGAAGAGAUUUUGACCGAGGGUGCGGCAAAGAUCAAGGCCAGAGAUUAUCCGAAAACUUGGAAUGAUUAUUUCGCAGCCCGUCAAGCACUCUGGAGACGAUCACUAGUCAGAACUGCGGAAAACCGGAGCAAACAAGAAAAGGAUGAAGUAUUAGCGAAUGACAGUGCCUCUGAGGAAAACAUCGGGUCCGUGACAGGAUCCAAAGAAGAGAUUAUCGAACAAAUCAAGUCUCAAUUAAGCGUCCAUCGUGUCGUUCAGGAUGCAUCGCGUUCUCAGAUGACGAGGGAACAGCUACGGGAGGCGUUUGAUACUGCUGUCAGUUUGCUUCUUACCCGAUGGAAUCGAAACGAAAGACUUUGGCACUACGAUCGCAAAGAUUGGCCACGAGCCGAACAUCUGUAUCCACAUGUCGUUCAGAUGCGAUACCACUAUGUGCAGCUAGAAUUGGAAAACCAGAAAACUAUCGCAAGUGUAGACUUCGUAAGGCUGCUAGACUGCGCAGCAUGGUUCAAUCACGAGCGAGGAAGAUCUCAAGAAGCAAAAGAACUAUUGACUACUGCCUUCAACGUGUGUAAAGAGCACUUGGAUUGCAACGAGAGCCUGAUGUUCGAGAUCCACACUAGCCUUGGUUGUGUAGCUACUGAGGUCAAUGACCCUGAAACAUGCUACGAACACUACAAAAGCCUUUUACGAAUGACAGAAGAAAAGUAUUCAGAUCCCCAGAGCGAAGCCGACUUCGACGCUCUGAUGGUGGCUAAUAACGAGAUGGGUAUCGCUGAGAUGAUGAUGGGCCAAACUUAUAAAGCCAAGGAACUGUUUGAGAUUGCGCUCGACCAAGCAUCUCGUUUUCGUGAUGCUUCAGAAACUGCUAAAUCGAUCUACCUACUGGCAUCCGCCAAUCUAGGGUUAGCUCAAUGGACUGAUGGGCAAUACGAAGAGGCCUCGCACACGCUACUACAAGCUUGGAAUUACCAUGAGGAGCUGACUCGCGCUGGAGAAAACACAAGCUUUGCGCAAGUGGCGCCUACCUAUCCGAUAGACUAUGCUAACUUGAGUAGACCUGGUAGAAUCGCUCACGCUAUUGGCAACGUCAAAGACAGCCAGAAUUGCGAGGAUAAAAGCGAUAACGGAAAAGAGGCACUUGGAUGGUAUAAACAAGCAUACGAACACUAUGAGAAAACAAUCGGCAAGUACCAUCAUAGAUCAGCGGAUGUGUGCCACAAGCUCGCGAUGAAGUAUAUUGAGCUUGGAGACUUCGGUCAGGCACGCGAUUGCAUUAGCCAAGCCCUCAAAGUCUUCAAGACUCGGGACUAUUACAGACCCGAACGCGCGCGAACCAAAAAUCUUGAAAGUAUCUUAGCACGACGUGAGGGCAAGAUUGAACAGGCUGACAAGAUUUACGAAGAGGCUAAGAAGCUAUAUUGGAAGCAUAUGGAUGAAGCGAAAAAAGGGAAACUUAAAAGCAGGUCUCCAAAGGAAGCAGACUUCGAUAGUAGUGUGGCGUUCUGGUCCCGCUAA